CGCAGGAAGCGGGGCGGGGCGAAGGCCUCAGGAUCUCGCGAGGCCCGCCAGGCGCGGAAGUUCUCGCGUCGCGGGGCGCUUCCGCAAAGAUGGCGGCGGCCCGAGGCGUUCAGCUAGCGACCUGGGGCGCGAGGCUGUGGCGCGGGUUGGCUGCCGGCCGGCGGGCCGUCCUGGGCCCUGGCCCCUUGGCGGCGGCAGUGGCCGGUGUGGCGCUGGCAGGAGCGGGAGCGGCGUGGCACCACGGCCGCGUGAAUGUGGCAGCACCCGAGGGCAGCCUCACAGUCUUAGCGCAGAAAAGCGGUCAUGGUAGAGACGUGACAGGGAAGUUGUCUCUCCGUAAGCAGCGCUUCAUGCAGUUUUCGUCACUGGAGCACGGGGGAGAGUUUUACAUGACACCACGGGACUUCCUCUUCUCGGUGAUGUUUGAACACAUGAAACGUAAAACGUCAGUCAAGAAGCUCACAAAAAAGGAUAUGGAGGAUGUGCUGGCAGCAGUCCAAACAGCUGGUUGUGGACGGACCUUUUUCAGAGACCUUGGUGAUAAAGGGCUCAUUUCAUAUACUGAGUAUCUUUUCUUGCUUACAAUUCUCACUAAACCCCAUACUGGGUUUCAUGUUGCUUUUAAAAUGCUGGAUGCAGAUGGUGAUGAGAUGGUUGAGAAAAAGGAAUUUUUUAAGCUACAGAAGAUCAUAAGUAAACAAGAUGACGUGAAGAUGAGAACUAAUGACAUAGAAUGCCAGGAACCAACAGUGAAAGAACCUGAAAUGAACACAACCCUUCAGAUACGUUUCUUUGGAAAGAGAGGAGAAAGAAAACUUCAUUAUAGAGAAUUUCGGAGAUUUAUGGAAAAUCUACAAACAGAGGUCCAAGAAAUGGAAUUCCUUCAGUUUUCUAAAGGUUUGAGUUUCAUGAGAAAAGAAGACUUUGCAGAGUGGCUCCUUUUUUUCACUAACACUGAAAAUAAAGACAUUUAUUGGAAAAAUGUGAGAGAGAAGUUGUCAGCAGGAGAGAGCAUUAGUUUGGACGAGUUCAAGUCAUUUUGUCAUUUUGCAACCCACUUGGAAGACUUCACUAUUGCCAUGCAGAUGUUCAGUUUAGCUCAUCGCCCUGUCCGAUUAGCGGAGUUUAAGAGAGCAGUGAAAGUAGCCACAGGACAGGAGCUCUCUGACAACAUUUUGGACACCGUGUUCAAGAUCUUUGACUUGGAUGGCGAUGAGUGUCUUAGUCAUGGAGAGUUCCUUGGAGUGUUGAAAAACAGGAUGCAUCGAGGUUUAUGGGUACCACAGCAACUAAGUGUACAAGAAUACUGGAAAUGUGUGAAAAAAGAAAGUAUUGGAGGAGUAAAAGAAGUCUGGAAACAAGCUGGGAAAGGUCUUUUGUAGGAGAUUUUGGAUUACUUUAAGUACCAGAUGUUUACCUUCUUAAGUCUUCACUGACUUUUUUUUUAAUAUAAAGAUGCUUUGUGUUUGCUUUCUGAUUCAGUAAUAUAUUAAUAAGAUUUUA